AUGCCGCCAACUCCGAAGCGCGCGUCCAGGCACGGUCGGUCGCGGUCAUCAAUGGCGUUUCUCUCGCUCUCUCCCUUCUCCUUCUCCUCCCAAGCCUCCACGUCUGUCGUCAGUUCCCCACUAGGGACUCAGCACGCGUCGGACGUAGGCUCUAGUGCCGCCAGCCCGCGCCUUUUAUCCUCUGACGUGGCAGCAGCAGGCUCUCUCGCCGGUCCUGCGGCUGCCACGUCAGCGUCGUCGGCGUCCCCCAGCCCGCGCUUGCUGGCGCCGCCGGACGGCCUACAGCCGUCCUCGUUAUUCGCUAAGAGCACACGCGCGAAAGGCAGCCAUUCUCGCAGCCGUAGCUUAUCCGAGCCUUUCUGGUUCCUCGGCCAAGCCUCAGGUUUGGACCUGAAAAGCCCGAGCCGGUUCAGGUUCGGGCCCAGGGCGUUUUCGGUGAGCGGAGGAGGCGGUGAGGGGGAGGGGGAGGGAGGAACAGUGGGUGCAGGUGCGUCAGGAGCAGGUCUUAGUGACACUGGGGGAUUGUCGUCAGGGGACGAUGCACUGAGGGGAAUGAGUGGACGAACCGGACGAAACCCAGAAGGAAGCGGCGCUGCUGGUGCCACUGGGAGUUGGAGGAGAACCCGCAGCAGAGGACGAGCAUUGAGCCCUAUCCGAUCAGACAGUUUCGACCGCUCACACGGUGACACGUGUCACUCCGCAAUUUCCGACCGCGUAUCCUUCUCCGCCAACGCCCUUCCGCCGCUCGCCAUUCCCGCUUCCACAAGCCUCGACGACACUCCCCAAGCCAGCCCCUUGCCCGGGGGGGGCGGUGGCGGAAGGUCCUCCCGCCUCCAGUCGUUUUCCCCCAAGUUUCUUCCGCCAAUUCCCGCGCGCACUGACGCGGGCGGAAGCGGAUUCAGCCCGUGCGGAAGCCCGCACUCGAGCAGGGGCGCGGGGAGCGCGGCGGGAAGCGCGACGAAUAGUUGCGCGAAUAGUCCGCGGAUGCCAUUCAGUCCGCUGAGGUGGGCGGGACUAGGCGCGUUAGGGUUCCGUACGUCGUCUAGUCUAAAAGCGAGCAUGGGGGGGGGCAGGGGCGGGCUGGGGAGCGGAAGCGGGAGCGGGGGAGGAGAGGAUGAUUUACUUGUGAGUGAUGAUGGAGGGGGAACGGCGGGAAUCGGCGGAGGGGUUGUGGGGGAAGGCGGGGGUGGGGGCCGGCGGGUGAGAAUUCAGCCUGGGACCAGGGGAGGGGGAGGCGGAGGGAUAGUGGGAGGGGCAGGAGCGGGACGAAGGGAGCGAGCGCACAGGAGAUCGUUAUCUGUUGAUUUCGUGUCGCCUUUAUUCGCCCCUCUCAUGGCCGCGCGCAAUCCCUUCUCCCCAAGGCCGCCCCUCUUCCACCAAGCUGGAAACCCUCCUCCGCGCGCGCAUGUCUUUAUCUCCCCCUCCUCCUCCUCCGCGUCCCCUCGCCCCGUGCCCAGUUCGGCGGCUGCGGACUCAUCCCCUUCCCCCUCUUCCGGACGCCUCUCCGCGCAUUCCGCCCACGCUCUCCCCUCGCCGUCCGCCCACGCCCUCCCCUCGCCCUCCUCCCACCCUCUCCCCUCACCCUCCGCCCACCCCCUCCCCUCGCCUUCCGCCUACCCACCCCCCUCGCCCGCCGCCCAUCCGCUCCCCUCGCCGUUCGCGCACUCGCGCCCGCCCCGCCCCGCCUCCCCGCUCCAAUCUUCUCCCCACCAUCGCUCCGCGGACUCUAUUCGCCUGCUUGAUUUUGGGGGAACGAGGGGGAGCGAGGCGUGUGGAAGAGAGAGGGACGGGGAGUGCGAGGGGGAGAGCAGCGGGGGAGAUUGCAGUAGCAGUGUGCUACGAUCGCCAAGAAUACCAACGGCAGGAGGAGGUGCAGGUGGAGAGAGAGGAAAAGGAGGAGGAGGAGAGGGAGAAAGCGCAGAAUCAGGAUGGGAAAAAGGGCAGCGGAAGAAGGCAGGCUGGGGUGGCAGCGCGUUUGGUAGAAGCAGCACUUUCGCCCCUUUUGGCCCUUCCAAGCUGGUCCCAACCAGCAACAGGCACAGGAAAAGCGCCUCUUUGAGUACCUUUCCAUCCAUAGUGGAGCACUCUAUAGCGGAGCACUGUGUGCUGGCGCAAGGAGACGCAGAGGGGCUGGGGGGCGGGUCGGACUUGGGGGAAGGGGGAGACGGCGGAAGAGGGAGCGUGGGGAGGGGGGAGGGGGAAGGCAUGGGAGGUGGUAGUAUACAUGCGCUGAUGACCAAGUCUGUAAGCUAUAACUCUGUAAGUAAGACGCUUAGCCAAGAGACGGAUGGGAGUGAGGACGCGCAGAGGCAGGGCGCAGGCAGGAAGUUCUGGGGCAUAUGGGGACGGAGGAAAGGAGGAGAAACAGGAGCAAGGAGAGGGGAAGGAAGAGGGGAAGGAGGAACAGGAGCAAGGAGAGGGGAAGGAGGAGGGGAAGGAGGAACAGAAGGAGCAAGGGAGGGAGGCGGGCAAGGUACAGGAGGUGGGCUGAAUGAAGCCUCCCUAACAGGAGACGAGCGUUACUCUCCAGAUUCACAAUCAUCUCUGAACUCGCGGCCAGUUUCGGGGUCUUCCCAGACCCUUGGCAGAGCAUUAGCAGGAACGGGUUCUUCUGGCAGAGGCAAGUCCCGCGAGGGCAGCUUCAAGGAGUUUCUCAAGGGGCGGUUCAGCCCCCCCCGGGUUGAGGUGCUGCCUGAUCCUUGUAUGCUGGAACCGGGACUGCUGGAUGGGCGUGGGGAAGACGGAGGUGGGGAGGACGAGGCAUCGUUGCUGCCUCUGUCGCCCACGGGAAUGCCCGUUGCUGCUCUCUCCCAGCAGCAGCAGCAGCAUAAGGAGAAAGAAGAUCUCUCUCGCGUGGGGUGUGGGAGGGCUGGGGCCACUGGUGAUACUGGCCCUUGCAUCACAGCGUAUUCUCUUCCCGCAACUCCCACAUCUCGGGAAGUAGCCUCCCUCACGGGAGGGGGCGGAGGGGAAGCAGCAGCAGCAGCAGCAGCAGCAGCAGCAGCAGGGGGAGGAGGAGGAGGAGGAGCAGGGGGAGCGGCAGUAGCAGCAGCAGCAGGAGGAGGAGGAGGAGGAGGAGGAGGAGGAGGAGGAGGAGGAGGAGGAGGAGGAGGAGGAGGAGGAGGAGGAGGAGGAGGAGGAGGAGCAGGGGGAGGAGGAGGGGGAGGGGGAGCGGCAGAGCAAGCGUUUCUCUCGUCCUCCCUGUCGUCGCUGCAGUCUCGGAGGCCCUGGGGGAUCAUUCCCCACGCCUCCUCUGCUGCUGAUGCAGGCGGUGCAGAGGAGGAAGAGGAGUCAGUCCCUCCCCUGCCCCAUCUCUUGCAUCACCUUCUUCUCCACCACUCGGACACAGCCACCAGCAGUCCCACUGGCACACACCAAAAGUGCGCUCCUGAAGAGCCCACAGAAUCGGCUAGCAAUGGCUCGGUUGUAGCUGAACCAGGUGCUACAGCCACCCUGGGUGCUACAGCCUGUUCCUCGUUCGCUGGCUCAGGUGUGUCUGUGGCAGCUUCUCCUGUUUCAGGUUCUCUUGUGGAAGCCCAGAGCCCGCUAUCUUCCAACUCCCGCCACCGCCGGGCGGCGUCAGAAGCCCGCGAUUUCCUCAACGAGCUGGGAGCGCGCCGCCCAGCCUUCAUGAACAGUGCUGCGAAGUGCGGCCUGCGGGCGGCACAGCAUGGCAGGAGUGCUUCUGUAGCGGUGUUUUCAGGGGCGGUAGGCAGGGGAGGUGUGAGUUUAGGGGAUGGGGUUUGGGGUGGCAAGAUUGCUGAUGGUGAUAUGAUUGGUGCUGGUGGUGGUGGUGGUGGUGAUGUGGAUAGGAUUGGUGUUGAUUGUGGGAAUGCUGGUCUGGAGAAUUUUCCAAGAAACAGCAGCAGUGGGGAUGGUGGCAGGAGUGAGAAGGGCCAGAGGAGUCGGCUUGGCCGGCAUCGGUCGUCUGCUUCCUUGGAGAUGCCGCACCGACCGUUCACUGCCGAGAGCUGGCAGCAUGUGGGGGAGGUGGAUCAGAGGCAGGUAGGCUGGGAGCAGGUGGAAAUAGAGCAGGCUCAACUGCCGUGGGGUGACUCAGUAUCAUACCAGGAGCAGCAGCAGCCGUGGCAGCAGCAGUGCGAGAACCAGCAGUCACAGCAGCACCUACAACAAGAGUGGGAAGAACAGGAAGAUGAGGAGAGAGGGAGUGUGAGGUGUGGCAGGAGAGGAUUGGGUGUGGAAGGAUAUUGUGAUGUGGUUGAUACCGGUGUGCAGGGGCGAGCAGAUGUGUGGGUGGCUGAGGAGGAGGAGGAAGAAGAGGAAGACGAGGAAGGGGACGGGGACGGAGAGGAGAGGGCGCAGGAGGGAGAGGAGGAGGGCGAGGAGGGGCAAGAAGGCAGGCUUGUUCUCAUGACAAUGGACGAUUUGAGUGACCAAAAUGCUUCUGGUGGAGGUGCAUUCAGUGCUGUCAGGCCUCCAGGUGCUUUCACUGGUCAGAACCUGUUGAGCCGAGGUAGAGGUCGAGGCAGAGGCCCUGCGCGGCCCUCCCCUGCCUCCUCUUCCUCCUCUUCCUCCUCUUCCUCCUCUUCCUCCUCUUCCUCCUCUUCCUCCUCUGCCUCCUCGUCCUCAUCGUCCUCCGCUGCAAGAGCGCAUGAUUCGUGGAAUGCAGCCCCGCUCCCUCACUCCGCCGUCCCUGCUUCCACUCAUUCCGCCUCUGCUUACCACGCGUCUGCUCUGCACUAUCGGAACAAGCACGCGCGUCCCACGCCCUCCCGUCCAUCCCUCUCAGCCCGCUCCGCCUCCCAAGCCUCUGCUCCCCAUCACCGAAACCCCCCCAACCCCUUCGCCUCCCGCCCCUCUGCCUCUGCCUCUGCCGCUGCUUCAACCCAUGACAGUUGGAACAGCUCUGCUCUGCCGCCCGCCUUUGCCAUGAGCCAACCUUUCAACCCCCCCAACGCCUUCGCAUCCCGCCCUUCCGCCUCCCGCCCCUCUGCUUCUCCCUCUGUCUCUGUCGCUGCUUCAACCCAUGACAGCUGGAACACAGCUGCUUUACCAUCCGCAUUUGCCAUGAGCCAGCCUUUCAACCCCCCCAACCCAUUUGCCUCCCGCCCCUCUGUCGCUGUCGCUGCUUCAACCCAUGACAGCUGGAACAGCUCUGCUCUGCCGCCCGCAUUUGCCAUGAGCCAACCUUUUCCCCCAUCAUCUCUCCGCUCCCCCCAUGCCCUCCCCCACCACACCAACCACUUCCCCCUCAGGUCCCCCCGCUUCCCCCUGCCCUCCCCUCGCCGCCCCUCCCCUCCCUCCCGCCCACCUGCUGCUGCGCCCUCUCUCCUCCCCGUUUCCCCCCACAGCCGUUUCUCUACUUCCACCCCUCCAAACCCUCCGUCCCCGCAUUCCCCUCCUUCCCCUCCUUCUCCUGCUGCAUUUAACCCAGAAGACCCCGUCCGGGCCAUCCCUCCUUCACUCUCAUCCCGACCCAGCACUGCUCCUCACUCCUCCUCUCCUGCUGCCACACGUGGCCUGCCUGCCCGCCACCCAGGUCCCCACCUGAGAAUCCACCUGGCAGAACCUGACUCCGACUCACUCUCUUGCCUGACCCCUGGCCCUGCUUCUGCUUCUGGUGCAGGCAGGAGCAGCAGUGGGCGCUGGAGUCACCUUCAGAGCCCACGUUUGCUACCCAACGUGCUAAGCCCGCACGUAGCAGCAAGCAGCAGCCCGCACAUAGCAGCAAACAGCCCGCGCUUCGAUCGCCUGCACGCCCUGCCACAUGCCAAGAAGUCGCCUCUCCCUAGAGACCUCGUCCCCGAUCCCUGGGACUCCCCCGACCACCCUUCUUCCGUCGACAACCGGCCGGUUUUACCCGUGCAUUCACGCAACGCGGGUAAUUACCCUCAGCAAAAUUCAGGGGUACUUCCCUGGGAAGGGGACGGUGGGUAUCCAGCUGCUGGUCCAGCUUCAGAGGAGCAAGUGGGUAUUCACUCACAGUGGGAGUAUGACAGACAAGAUGAACGCCCCCAGACAGCUCCGGACCGGAGCCUGCGCCGCCGAGGCAGCCGCAACAGGUUCGGGGAGAGGCUCGGGGAGAGCGCUAGGUUUGGUGGGGAGAGGCUGAGGGACUUGGAGGAGCAGGAGGAGUGGGGGGAGGACUGUGUGGAGGAGCAUGGGGAGAGGCUCAGGGAGAGGUUCGGGGAGAUGCUGGGGGAGAGGUAUGGGGGGAGGCUCGGAGGACAUGACAAGUACCAUAAGAGGGGAUACAAUGGCAGAUGGGCGAGCACAGGGUCCUUCCAGGAAAGGGGGGGUGCGGGGCUGCAUGGAAGGGAGGCAGGGGGAGUGGGAGGGUAUGGUGGAGAUGAAAGGAGAAGAAGCAGUGGGGUGAGUUGUGGUGGUAUUGGUAAUGGUGGAAGCAACGCAGGAGAUUCCGAUGGGGAGGAGUGGUCAGAUGAAGAUGAUGCCAGAGCAGCAGGGGGUGGGACAGAGAGAGGAGGGGCUGGAAGAGGAGGAGGAGGAGGAGGUGGAGGGGGAUUCCAAGCAGAGGGCGGGCUGAGAGGCACAGGGCUGGCAGGGAGGUAUACUGCACCUGACACGUCGCUCCUGAGGCGGCACAGUACCUCCAAUCAACGCCGCCCGGCCAUGCGCUCACUGGACGAGCACGAGGAGGAGGGCGGGACGGAGGUGGUGAGUACAACGACGAGGAUGGAUGACAGACGGGAUGACAGAGGAGAUGACAAUCGGGACGAGUUGGCGCCACUUCCCCCCUGGAAGGAAGGACUUGGGGCGGAGCUAGGCUCUGGUGAUCAGGGACUUGUGUCGGGCAUGGGUUCAGGUUUGGGGCGGCCGAUGGUGUCCAGGUGGGCAGGGGCAGGAGGGGGCGGAGGGAGAGAGCGCAGGAGCAGAGGGGGGAGGGAUGGGGGAGGGGGGAGGGAUGGGGAGUGGCAGGACAUGCCCGGCAUGUCCAUGUCGUGUGGGAGCGGGGCGAUUUGGACGGGAAGUGGGUUCAGUGGUGCACGUGGCACUGCUUUUGAUGCUGCCCCUUCAUGGGCACCUGGUAGGGCACCUGGAGGGGCACCUGGAGGAGCAGUUAGAGGCUCAGGUCUUUCUAGUGCCCGAGUCAGGCAGAGGCCAGGUUCGGCAUCAGGUGUGAGGGGAGUGAGUGAGAGGUUGGAAGAGGGCAGUGUGGAGAGUCAGGAGGAGAAGGAAGAGGAGAGUGAUGAUGGAGGUGGUAGUGUGGUGGAGUUUGAGGAAGAAGAGGAGAGUGAGGGGGAGGAGGAUGAGGAAGACGAGGAGAAUGAGUCAGAGGAUGGAGAGGAGGAAGAGGGGGAUGAAGAGGAUGAGUAA